ACUCAGUUUACUACAAACUCAAAUCGACGGCGCAUGUCGCUUCCUACAACGUUCCGCCCGUGUGUACAGUGCUAGUGCAAUAACAUACACACUAUUGUUUUGUGCUGUGAUAUAGUGCGGUGUUUAGUGCAACGGGGCUGUCCUUGAAGUUGUUGUGAUGCAGUUGAGCAUAUACUUAUGGCUGUCUUGUGUGGCCCUCGCAGGAUAUGUACGAGCGACAGAGGAGGGUGCAGUUGCCGGCGUUCCGCCAACGGAAGGCGCAUCGCACCAACAGGACGACCCGCUCGCGUCCGACAAGGACAACCUCUUCAUCGACGAUGAUGGCUCCGGUCUAGAGAUCGACGAAAGCUCCGGCUCCGGCUGGGGACCGGGACCCGGCCCGGACGACGAGGACGGCCGCGCCGGAUCAGGUGACGCCCCGGACGCGCCGCCGGAUGACGAAGACUUCAAACCCCGCCCCCCAAUAUACAAUGCACCGACUAUCGACACUGAUACUACUGGUGUCGAGACCAACGAGACCAACGAGACUGAAACUCAGUACAUUGAGUCGGAGAGCAUCCCGGUGCCGAAUACGGAACCGCCAGUGCCAAAGCCAGUAGAUACGUUCGAUGUAGAAAGUCCUCGUAUAUUGAAUCCUGCAGAAGGUGCACCAAACACGCGCGUACCAGGGGAGGAGCAACCCGCUCGGCCAGAUCAAACUGACAUCAAUAUAGAAGGGGAGGAAAUAAACCCACCUGUCAUAGAUCAAGAACAAUCGGGUUCGAAUAUAGAACCGAAGUCGCAGCCUGCGGACAACGGGGUCUUCAUCAUGAACGCCAAGCCUGAAGACCGCGCCACCAGCUUCUUCGCACAACCUGGCAUACUUGCCGCUGUGAUCGGCGGAGCGGUAGUAGGACUACUCUGCGCGAUCCUGGUGGUGAUGUUCAUAGUGUACCGCAUGAGGAAGAAGGACGAAGGCUCGUACGCACUCGAUGAACCAAAGAGGAGCCCCGCCGCCGCCUCCUACGGGAAGGGACACAAUAACCGGGAGUUCUAUGCGUGAGAUCACACAGAACAAACUCUGCCACAAGUCUAUUAAGUUUCCAUAUUGUAGGUCAAGUCCUUGAGUGUGUAUUUUUAGUGCUAAUACCAUUAGCAUUAAGUUAUAUUUAAUGCUAAUGGUACUACUAACACAAUUAGUAAUGUUAACAUUGAUUAUGCACUGUUUGUAUGACAAAAGACAAUAUUGUCCAGCAUGACACGAUGACGUGCAUGAUAACAUAUUAAUACAAUAUACGGCGAUAAUUUUCAAUUAGAUCAUGGUGACGUCACAGUCAAUAAAUGAUUACUUAAAACGAUGGAAGAAUAUUGAUUUAAGUGAUAAUUUGUAAAUUAUUAGUAAAAUGUAAUGUCAAUAAUGUAAUAUACAAUUCAAUUAUUGAGUAAUACCUAUUGAUACUAAUAAUUUGCGUUCCAUAGGUGUAAUCAGAAUAUAAUUUCCUGUUAAAUAUACACUCAAUGAUUGUAGAUUCAGGUCUUGUGCAAAAAUUCUUUGCAUAGCCGUAUUCGGAUAUAUAUAACUAUUAUUUAUAUGCCGUAACACAGAAAUAGAAAACUACAAGCAAAUGAAAAGAAAGACACUGUCGUAGAAUCACAGAAUUUGACACUGUCUACACCUGAAUACUUCUUAAGACAAAUGAUAUUUUUGUGCAAGACCUUGCCUCUGCACCAGACCAUUUAUUCUCGAAAAAUGUUACGAUAAAUAUAUAAAACAAACGAAAUCGACGUAACGUUAAUUGAUUUGAUGCAUGACAUCGAUUUAUACAUUAUCAUAUUGUGGCUAAAUUUGUUCUGAAACGAGAAAUCAAUAAUUAAAAAAUUAAUCAACAUGCUAAGUGUACUGAUUGUACUUCUUACGUACAAACCAUGUACAACCUAAUGUUGUAUGUUCGACAUACUUAUGUAUGAUAAAAAUAAUUUAAAAUGCAUUGAAUAUCAAAAUAAAUUAUCAAUUUUAAGACCAAAUUUUUAAUGUUGGUGUGAAGUUUAUGAAAUAUCUAUAAAAUCUUGGUGUAUUUACUUCCACUGUAUCAAACAAACGUGUUUUGAAUGUUGAAGUAUCAUAAAUCUAUAGUUGAAUCUGAAUGGGAGAUCUUGUAUAAUGUUUUUUUUUCUGUAAAAAAAAAAGAAAUAAAUGUGCCAUCCGCUUCUUUCUAUUGUAUAUUUGCCAAUCAUGUUAGUUUUAUUCUCAUCGCCUAGAUUAUAAAUAUAUCGUAAAACAUAGUCUAUGGACACGGCCAUGUCUUCAUUGUCUAUACCAUGUGUAAAGCUAAUAUUAUGUGUAUCCCUCAUUGUUACUAUAGGGCCUUGUAAAACAUCAAAUAAAGCAUACAUUGAUAUAUAAAUAGAACAUCAAGAAAUUUAAUAAUAUCGCUUGAAAAGUGACUGAAAAUGACAAACACAAUUCAUAAGCACAAUGCGUGUUAUUGUACGAACGAGCCAGAUAAAAAUAAUUAAUAUGUAGUAAGUACAUAGCAACUACACUUUACAAUGAUAUAAAACGGCAGCUCUGUGUAAAUAUUACAAUUUUAAAGUGUCUAUUAAAUUAAAUAUUUGGAUCAAAACAAAUAUAUAAAUUAUUAUAAAUUCAAAAUGUUUACUAUCGUAGAAAUCUUUAGUUCUACAAGGUUUUACACUGAAUAUGACAAUUUUAAGAAAAGGUUACACAAUAAUAUAAGCUUUUACAUUACUUCCAGAAUUAGUGGGCAUUGAAUUUUUACUCUACAAAAUAUGAUGAAUCAGAUAUUAUCUUAUAAUAAAUUCUUUGAUUAAAUUUCUAUGAUUCUCACCGAAAUACGACGUCCAUAUUUUAACACAUUUGUAACGUCCAUUUUUAUUUUCAAAAUUAGAACAAUUGAAAAAAUACUGAUUUUAUUUAAAUAAAUUACCUGACUAUACAUAAAAUUAAAUUUAAAAAAAAUAAAACUAUGCCUUAUCUUGUUGGGCAUAUAUUGCAGGGCGUGAUCUUAGCGUACUUUGCAAAGUGUUGCUCUAUUAGCUAUGGUUUUUCACUAAACAUCAGGUGAAAUAUCUGCUUGUCCCGUCAACUACAGUCUAUGGUCAAAAAUACUUUAAUUAAUUAAUUUUGAAUGGACAACGGUUGGUAUAUCGGUGAUGAUUAAUGCGAAAAUUUAACUCUGUGUUCCUUUAGCUUGUAAGACAUUUUUUGUAAUACUUAGGACUAACUUGGGGUUUUAUUUUUUAUCUUGUUAUUAUAUAUAAGUGAUUUUACUGAUAGAACAAAUUAUUAUUGUUCUUUGGGCUAUGAAAUUAUUAUUGUGUUUUCGUCUUAUUGAUAUUUUUGUUUAUUUUAAAAUAAAUGUAUGAUUUUCCGUCAUUUAUGCAACGAAUUUUAAUUCAAACUGUUUGAUAUUUUCAAUUAGGUAAUAAUUUAAAUAUCUCUUAAUGAUUGUGCUCAGUUUGUAUUUUGCAAUAAUUUUAUACUAAAAGAAAUUAGUUUGAAAUCAAAUAUUAUGACAAUUUAAGUCAAUUAAUUUAUUUAAAUUAUACUAAUUAAUAAUCAUGUACGAUUGUUAAUAUGAAUAUUAUAAAUUAUUGUGUAUUAAUUUUCAUAGAUGAUAAAUUAUUAUUAUAAAUAAAUCAACUAAUUAACGCGUGUAUGUAAUUUUUUAUCAUGACUAUGUAAUAUAUUGAGCACGAAAGAGCACGACAAUUUAGAAACAGAGCGUUUUUUAAUAGUGUACCAAAUAUAUGGACAGAUUUUCAAUGUUUUUCAUCUUCAACUAUAAAUGGGUACACAAUUUAUGGUAAACUAAUAAUAAUUUCAAAUAAAUGUUUUAACUUUAUUUCAAUAUAAAUUUUUAAACGUUAAUCAUAGAAAUGACUAACACAUCUUAAUAACAUCGGUAUGUAGUGUUGAUUUAUAAUUGGCUUGUGUUUGUUGUUGGAGCAAGUAGCAUUAAUCCAAUAUUGAGAUUAAUAAUAAAUACUCCAAUUGGUUAGUAACUUUAAAAUAAAAGUCUACCCAAUAUUUAUAUUUGAAAUAUGUAUAAGCAUGAUUAACUAUUUAAUCAAACACAAUAAUAAUAAAAAAAACACAAUAUCUAAAAUUAACAGCCAUAAAUACAGGUGGUUGAUGAAAAAUAUUGUUAACAAAAAUGCAUUCCUCUGGAAAACCGGAUAUGAAAUGAAAUAUUCAAAAUGAACUAAAUAACCCGAGACGACGCUCACUUAGCAUAAGAAACUGUACAUUGUAAUUGUAAAUUCUUCUAGAUCUAAUUCAAAUAAUUUAUAAAAUAACAUAUUAAUUCAGUAACCAAAUAAAUAGCCCUUUUUUGUUUUCAUGCCAACUAUAUUUAUACGCAAUGGAUAUAAUACGACUAAAUUAAGAAUAUAACACAAAUAUAUGGAAAAUGUGAAACUUCAGCUGUUUUGAAAACACCAUCAUUGUAAUUAGACUCUCUUAAUUUAAUCGCAUUAUAUAUUGAUUAUAUUGUAUAUUGUGCAGCAGCUUAAACUGUGCAGUUAUAGAUAUAAGUAUGAGUAUAUAGGUAUAUAUAUAAAAGGAUAAGUUUUGAUUUAUCAUACAAUCAGUAAUAUAGCAUUAAAUCAAAGAAAUCUCAAUAUUUUUUUCUGUAAAACACCUACCUACUACGCUAUAGAUAAAAAAGGAUGAAUGUAUCAUCAGUAAUAAUAAUAUAUUAUUAUCAUUAUAAUAAUUGUGACACUAUUUGUUAAUAACUAUCUAUUAACUAUGUAUAUAUAAAAUAUACCUACUUUAAGUAGAUUGUUCGUAAAUUUCAACCAAAAAUGUUACGCUGUACUUUCUGGUAUACGCCUAAAUAUCUAUAGUAUACAAAUACUAAUUCAUCUAAUUGCCUAAAAACUAAUAUAUUAUUGUUUUAUAUUUAGUUUAUAUAAUACUUAUAAAAACAGGCUGGAUUGACUUGAUAUUUUUUUAAUUUUAUUGAACAAACAUGAACAUUAUAAAAAAAAUUGUAUCAGGCGACAUAUUUUAUGUACCUAACUAUUUUAGAACAAAAAUGAUUUCGUUAGCAUCCAAAUAACUUUAACUUUAACUCUUUUUUUUGAAAGACACUGAGCUAGCGACUAACCCAUCUGGUACUAUAAAUACACAUGAAAAAUAAUAAAUAUAUGCUCAUAUAAAGUAUACCACUUAAAAUAAUUAAUUAAUAAUUUAUUGUAAAUUAGAUGGUCCAAAAUUGUAUGGAGCCCAGGUCCAGUACCCUAGCGGAAAUAAAAGAAAAUAUUUAUUUAAACUAUUUUUGAUUUUACAAAUUUACGAAUUUAUUUUAAUUCUUUCGAAAUAGUAUUUACUAUAUCCCAGGAAAGGCAACUCUAUAAUGGGUAAUAAUAGCGGAUUGAUGACGUUUUCUAUGCAGUAAUCGAUUUGACGUUUGCUGUCAAUUGUCAUGUCAUAGUUGCUUUAGGGGCGCCAUCUUGAUAUAACUCAAAAACUUGGGUUUUAAUUUUAUUUAUUUCUUAUUUUAGUUACAUUUAUUCACUUUAAUAAAUUUUAAUAAAAUCCUUGUUUUUUUUUAAUUUUAUAGAUACAGGGUACAAGAAUGGACCUGAAAUUGACCAUCUCCUUCACGUCUCUCAAAUAAGCCAGUGUAAACAAAAAUUACGACAUAAUACAAUAGCUUGCAUAACAUCUCGCGAUAUUUAAUUACGAUGCAAUAACAAUAGCAUGAAUAUGUGUGGGAAAUUUCAUUAAUCAACUAGGUAUAUAAUUUUAUUGUGACAAAUUUAUCCAUAAGAUAUACGGCUCCUUGACGACACUUCUUACAAGCAAUGGCGUUGCUACCCAGGCGCUAGGCGGUGCAAUAGGCUAGUUGACCCUUUUUUUUAAAUGGUCUUCAAUAGUUCAUUAUCGUUCAACUAGACUGUUUUUUUUUCAUAUUAUUUUGUAACGUGAUUGCAUGAAAAUUUUAGUUUUUAAAUAUGUUUUUGACAAUACGAGCCAAAAGCCUGACGGCCAUGACAGUAUGUUUUAACUGUUUCAUGACGUCACUAAAUAACUCCCAUACAAAUGGAGCGUCUGACAAAAAUAUUAGUCAACAAUUUAUUUCUUCGUUUAGUAUAAAAAGUGUGUUAGUGACGUCACAAAAUAGACGACAGCAUUUUUGACGUGUGGGAAAAUUGAAAAAUACGUGAUAUUUAAGUUAAGUUUUAUAAGAAAUACUUAACUUUUAUUAAUUCAUAUCGAUAUAUUUCAGACGUCUAUUCCACGUCAACAGUCAACUACCCUAUUUCCCGGGGCCCUCAAUCUCAGGGGGCCUUCGAAUCUCUACCAGAAAAUCUACUAAACGUUUUAUAUAACUUUGAAAACGUUAAAGAGCUGAUGAUCAAGUAGCUUAGCAUUUUUAUGUAUUGAAUAUAUUUACUUAAUAAAAUGUAACCAGUUUAGAUAGUAGUGGGGCCCAAUUUUUUUAUUUGCACCACGGCCCUUGGUUACCUAGCUACACCACUGCAUGCAAGUAACUGUUUCCAAGUUAAUUUUUUGACAGAAGCCAACUUAGAUGUACCUAAUACCUAAAUUGGCUCACUACAGUGACAACCCCUUACUACUGACUGAUAUAUAGCAUUCGACUGGACUAUUCGCUAUAUCGGUCGUUUUCAUGAAAAAAGUCACUGAACUCUUGUGAGAUUUAGAGGUUUUCCACACAAGAUUUUGCAAGAAAUGUUGUAUCAGUCAAAGAACUGUACUGUAGUGUUUGCACUCACUCUCUGGGUGAUCGGUUGAUCACUCGGGUGAUCUACUUAGUACCUCUUGGUACGUACUGCUGUAGCGCCAAAGUGCAACUGCCCCCGCUUGUCCGAGGCCUGUAUUUAUAGACUCAUCUAUUGACAGUCUAGGCUGUUGACAUAUACUACAGGUACCAAUGUCAAACAGGCUCGGUUGACUAUGCCCUCCAAAAAACUGACUUUAGAAAAUAAUCCAGCCGAUAUGAUAUUGUUUUGUAAAAGCCAUAAUAAAAUAUUUAUUAAAACAGCUAUCCAGCUGACUUAUUUACUAUUUUGUUCUAUUUAUUAAAAUAAACAUCAAACAAUUGAGAAAGGUCAUCUACCUACUGUAUGAUAUCCACGAUAAGGCACCGGAUGACAUUUGUUACAUAGAAUCUCAAUUUCGUGUAUGUCAACUAAUAUACGUCAAAGAUAGUGAAUUAGCCUGCUGGAUAGCGUAAGUAACUUUAACUCGUCAUUUGCCGUCAAGUAAAAUAGUAAAUAGGGAAAUGCUAACACACAAUACCUAGCAAUUUUGUUUUAAAUAACAACAAUAAUUACUAUUAUCAGUUACAAGUUAAAUUGGAAUUCUACUGUAAAUGAGCAAAAGAUUUGCUUUUAUGAGUUACACUUUUACAUACAGAAAGUAUCUUUGAAAAAUAUAUUUUCUCAUGAAAGCAGCUUUGUAUUAUUUUAUAAAACUUUUUAUAUUAUGUACUUUAAUUUUAACUAACAAACUAGGGUUUUAAAUUAUAACUGAGUCUGGCAACUUUCCUGUAAUUUUAGGACUCAUUUCACCUAAUUAUUCGGAUCUCUACCCAAUUACUAUUAUUUGAUAGUUGAAUAGUCGGAUACAAUUUUAGCCGUUUCGGAACAUCGCUAAUCCCCUCCAACUAGUCGGGAAAGAUUGUAUUAGGAGUGGAUACGACAAUAGUCCAACGGGGCGGUGAUGUGUCAAACCGCUUCACAUUUGAACUAUUGAGGCUAAUAAAUAUAAAUAUUGGAGCCACCAAGAAUCUAACUCCAUAAUUGGCUACCGAACAUAGAUGACGGACUUUCAGCGUUCAUAAAAUGAGGAAAGUCCAGCUACCACAAACUCGCUCUAUAACUAAAGUGACAAAAAUAUGUAACUUACUUUAUUUACUAACUUUACGUUUCAAAAGCCCAUUUGGGCCCAGACUACUAAAAGUACUUAUGUACCUACCUAUUUUCCUAAUUUUCAGAAUAUCAUAUGAUAAUUACUUAGUAAAAAGGAAAAGAGAAAAACUAUUUUCAAAAUCAAUAUACCUAAGGUGAAAUGAGACCCUAAAAUAUUAUCAUGAUGUUUUGUUUUUUAACUAAGAAUAAAUUUAUUUAAGGGUUAGAUUUAGGGUAGACAUAAAUAUAUCGAUGUCCACCUUGUAAAUAAUGCUCCUUUACACUUAGGUAAAUAUACAGGUCAUUAUGAAAAUAA